AUGUCUUCUCAUCACUCACCGUACGAUAAUAUCGAGACAGCAUCGCACUCAACCCUAGGUCAUUCAGAACCUCACGGCCAGAAACGGAAAUACUCGACUUCUCAACCCGGACGCGAAUAUGGAUUGAUGCGCGAUACAGGUGAACACGAUGCCGCUCGAUUCGUAGGAAGCGGUAGCGGAAUCCACUAUAUUCGUGCUGUUCAUCUUCGCCUUGCCAAGAGAUCUGCAUCACGAACUACAGAAUCUGGGUCUUCGGCUAUCAAUACGCUUAUUCCCGGUGAGGACGAUCAACUUCGUCAAGAUGCUUCGAUAAGAAGAAAUCGAGAGCAGUUUCUUUGGAGAGAUGAUGAAGUCCGCGAUGAUGUCCCGCCCGGAGGAGAGAGCUUUGAAGACUUUGUCGAGUGGUCCAAGAGUUAUUUCGAGGCUUGGCAUCCUGUUCUUCCGUUCCUUCACGGGCCUCAAGUCCUGGGGUUGUUUGAAGAGGUUGCUAAGAACGGAAUGCUAUUGCUUGACCCUGUAGAUACAGUCAUCUUGAGGUCUGUUCUUUCUAUAUCGCUGGCGGAUAGUCGACAGGCCGCUGCUUUCAAAAAGCCGAUUCCGAAAUUUUACCUCUUCAACAGUGUCGACGAUGCGUUGGCGAGCUCGCAGUUUGCUUUGAGCCAGCCUGCGUCAAUCCGCUCAACACAGGCAGCUUUGGCUAUCCAGUUGUUCCUGACUUCGAUGCUUUGUCUCAACGCCGCAUCGAGAUUAGGUGGACUUAUUGUUAGGACUGCAUUUCACAUGGGCCUUCAUCGAUGUCCAGCGCGAUAUCCCUUCUUCACAGACAAGGAAGUUUCGGUUCGACGCAGGGUUUUCUGGUGUAUCUACAUUCUAGAAAGGCUUCUCUGCCAGUCUCUUGGACUACCUCUCGACAUACGAGAUGACGACCUGGAUGUCUGUUAUCCCGGCGAGGAGCGCCACACAAUAACGAACAGGGAAGAAAAUCCGGAAAGGUUACAGCUCCUUACGUUCGUGGCGAAGCAUGCUCGUAUACGUGGACUCAUUCUUGAGCUCAGGAACAAGUCCAUGCUUCAACGACAGGAUACCGCAGAUCGAGCAGCGUUCGUCCAAGCUGAGCUGGCUAAAUGGUUCAACGAAAUUCAAGACGCUGUAGAAGAGGACGACUUAGCCGAUACUGGGGCAACUGCUCCCGCAAUAUCCGAGCAUCACAAGGUUAUGCUUUUGGUUCUGAAGCACGAAUCAGCAAUAUGCUUGAACAGACCUGGCCUCGCUUCCGAACAUCCUUCUUCAUCAUACUCAUCCGCCUUCCAGGCAUGCAUCUCAGCUGCUAAGUCUAUCUUGAUAAUUCUCAAGAAACAUCGAAACCGCCACCAGUUGUCUGUAGACUCAACUAGUGCGAAGUCUCAAACACCCUUGUUGUGGCCUUCCUUCACGUGGUCUAUCUGGAUCAGUGCAUUUGUUCUUAUUCAUGCUGCCUUUGAAAAGCAGGUCCAUCUGGGUAGCGCAAUGAGGCAUGUUGCUGCGGCCAAGGACAUACUCGGUCAUCUGGCUGCACGGGACACUUCCUGGCCAGAAUACUGUCUUGGGGCCAUAGACGAGUUGACUUCCACCGUUCAAGAGCUCUCCCAAGAGCGGCCAACGAUGAUUGAAUCUCCGGUAGAUGCAAUCAUCACAACACGUAGUUUCUCUCCAAGUGUCGGAAGUCAAGUACGGAGUGGUGAGAACACUACCCCUACAAGACUUCCAAGAACACAACAUGCUCAAUCUCAAGGCACUGAAACAAGAGACAGCCCAAACUCUAUCCCUCAAAACACCUCUUCGAAUACCCAAGCAUUCCAAGGACUAUCCUCCACUCAACCCUUCAGACCACAACAGAAUAAACGACCACGGACGACGUAUCAUUCUACGGGUAUCUUAUCUCAAGACAUACCCUACUCCCAGCCCCAAAAUCCUCAGGCGCCAUAUUCCAAUGACUUUCUGUCUACACCACGCACAUCACUAAAUCCAGAAGGAGCACCUGGUAUGAAUUUGGAUAACAUACCGCUAGAAGGCCAUGAAUCAAUGAUGUGGUAUGAUCAGCUCUUUGCGAGUUCAUUCAGUGCCAUCGACAAUCCCUUUCUUGUAAACGCGGAGUUUGAUGCUUCUGUUGAUCCAACUUGGAACUAUUUACGAUAG